UACAGCCUGCACGAUAAAUCCUUUGCGAUUUUCCAUUUGUAUAUGCUAUAUUUUUCUCGUCAUUUGGGAUGAUUUGGAUCCCAUUUCUAAAAAGUUUGAGGCAUGAGACGUGGGAUUAUUUAUUUAUUUCUGGCUUCUUCGCGGCGCACAGAGUGGACCGGACUCAAAUUCCCCCCUGCGCGUCUGUGGUGAACUUGGAUUAGCGCGCUCUCUCCUCCACAUCUACUUUCUCUCUCCUAUACUGUCCAACUCUCUCCGAAAAUAUGAUAGAUAUGCCACAGAUAUGACAUCAAUAACAACGACCACUUUUUGAAAUCGACUGAAAGAGAAGGGGUCUCACGGAAAAUGCAGAAGAGCGUGCGCUAUAAUGAGGGGCACGCUCUAUAUCUGUCGCUUGUCGCGCGCAAAGAGGGCACGAAACGCGGCAUCCUGAGCAAGAAGACGACGGAGAACAGUCGGUGGAAUGACAAGUACUUUGCUCUCUACCAGAAUGUGCUCUUUUACUUCGAGAACGACCAGAGCACUCGGCCCUCCGGGAUUUACUUGCUGGAGGGGUGCACGUGCGAGAGGGUUCCCGCGCCCAAAGGCGCCACGGUCAGUAAGGACAUGGUGGACAAGCAGCAGCACUACUUCCUGGUGGUGUUUGGCCAUGACGGUCAGAAGCCUCUGGAGCUGCGGACGGAGGAGGAGUCAGACUGCAAAAAGUGGGUGGAGUCUAUCCAACAGGCCAGUUACUCUGACAUCAUCAUUGAGCGCGAGGUCCUGAUGCAGAAGUACAUCCACCUGGUCCAGAUCAUGGAGACAGAGAAGGUGGCGGCCAACCAGCUACGCACCCAGCUAGAGGACCAGGACACAGAGAUAGAGAGGCUGAAAGCAGAGAUCGUGCUGUUGAACAAGGCCAAGGAGAGGAUGCUGCCUUACCAGACCAACCAGGAGGAGGAGGACCCAGACAUUAAAAAGAUCAAAAAGGUCCAGAGUUUCAUGCGAGGCUGGCUGUGUCGGAGGAAGUGGAAGAUCAUCGUCCAGGACUACAUCUGUUCCCCCCACGCUGAGAACAUGAGGAAGAGGAACCACAUUGUGUUCAACAUGGUGGAGGCCGAGACCGAGUACGUCUGCCAGCUCUCUGUCCUGGUCAACUUCUUCCUCAGGCCGCUACGUAUGGCCGCCAGCUCCAAGAAACCUCCCAUCAGCCACGAUGACGUCAGCAGCAUCUUCCUCAACAGUGAGACCAUCAUGUUCCUCCAUGAGAUCUUUCAUCAGGGCCUGAAGGCUCGGAUAGCCAACUGGCCCACGCUGGUGCUGGCGGACCUGUUUGACAUCCUGCUGCCCAUGCUGAACAUCUACCAGGAGUUUGUGAGGAACCACCAGUACAGCCUGCAGGUGCUGGCCAACUGUAAACAGAACCGGGACUUGGACAAGCUGCUGAAGCAGUAUGAGGCGAACGCUGCCUGCGAGGGACGCAUGCUGGAGACCUUCCUCACGUACCCCAUGUUCCAGAUCCCUCGUUACAUCAUCACUCUCCAUGAGCUGCUGGCACACACGCCUCAUGAGCACGUGGAGCGCAAGAGCCUGGAGUUCGCCAAGUCCAAACUAGAGGAGCUGUCAAAGAUGAUGCAUGAUGAGGUGAGCGAUACAGAGAACAUUCGUAAGAAUCUGGCCAUCGAGAGAAUGAUCGUAGAAGGCUGUGACAUAUUGCUGGAUACCAGCCAGACCUUUGUCAGACAGGGCUCUCUGAUCCAGCUCCCAUCCAGCAGUGAACGGGGCAUGCUCAGUAAGGUCCGUCUGGGCUCUCUGUCCCUCAGGAAGGAAGGAGAACGACAGUGCUUCCUAUUUACGAAACACUUCCUUGUCUGCACACGCACCUCCGGGGGAAAGCUGCACCUGCUCAAGCAGGGUGGGGUGUUGUCCCUAAUAGAAUGUACCCUUGUAGAGGAGCUAGAUGCCAAUGAUGAGGACUACAAUGCAGGAGGUCAGGGCUUCAACCACCUGGAGUUUAAAAUCGUGGUGGAACCCCCUGAUGGCCCCGCCUUCUCUGUCGUCCUAUUGGCUCCCUCCCGCCAGGAGAAAGCUGCCUGGACCAGUGACAUCAGUCAGUGUAUAGAUAAUAUCCGCUGUAAUGGCCUGAUGACCAGUGUAUUUGAGGAGAACUCUAAAGUAACUGUGCCGCACAUGAUCAAGUCGGACGCACGGCUGCACAAAGAUGAUGUGGACAUCUGCUUCAGCAAAACGCUCAACUCCUGCAAGGUCCCCCAGAUCCGCUACGCCAGCGUGGAGCGGCUGCUGGAGAGACUGACUGACCUGCGCUUCCUCUCUAUCGACUUCCUCAACACCUUCCUCCACACGUACAGGAUCUUUACUACCGCUGCUGUGGUCAUGGACAAACUGGCCGACAUAUACAAGAAACCUUUUACCUCUAUACCGGUCAGGGUUCAGUAUCACUCCUCCGAUCGUCUGUCCAUCACGUCUCUCUGUCCUGACUACAGUCUGAAGAUCACACGGCUUGCUCUGGACCAAAAAGAGUCUCUGGAGUUGUUCUUUGCCACCAACCAGGGGACGUGGGGAGGCGAGCACCUCAACAACAAAUCCCCCCGUCUCUGUCGCAAGUUCUCCUCUCCUCCUCCUCUCACCAUCCCCUCCCGCACCUCCUCCCCGGUUCACUCCCGCAAACUCUCCCUCUCCUCCCCGGUCUCCUCCAAGGCAGGGGUUCUAGACCUCUCCACCCCUUCCUCCUCUGCUGCUAACUCCCCCACUUCCUCUCACCCUCCCUCCAUCUCCUCCCCCCCUCCCAACGCCACCAGGCCCCCUUCGGGUUUUUCCUCCCCUCCUCCCAACGCCACCCGGGCUCCAUCUGGGUUCUCGUCCCCCCCUCCCACCUGUACGCGGGCUCCCAGCCUGCCAACAGUCCUGGGGGUCUCCACCUCCCCUCCCACCACCACAAAAGCCCUUCUAGAACUGAGCCGCCCCACCUGUUCACAGGAACCUGUCCCCCCAACGCCGGAAGAGGGAGGAGACAUGCCGCGCAUCGACGCAUUCUGUGGAAAACUCAGACGCAGCAUCCGCAGGGCUGUUCUGGAGACGGUUUCUCUGGAGAAGUUCCUCCCAGAGUCUAACCCUCAAGUCAGCGAGGACCGAGUCCCCCUGACAGAGUCCCCCUGUCGCUCCCCCUCUACACCCAGACACAUGCGAUACAGACAGUCUGGAGGUUCCACGGGGGAAAACAAUCGUGGUACUAUGUCACCAGCCUCAGCCUUCGCUAUUGCCACGGCAGCCGCCGGACACGGCAGUUCCCAGGGUUUCAAUAAUAGCGAGAGGACCUGUGACAAGGAGUUUAUCAUCCGUAGAGCUGCUACCAACAGAGUCCUCAACGUACUGCGUCACUGGGUCUCCAAGCACUCACAGGACUUUGAGAUGAACAGUGAGCUGAAGGUGGGUGUAAUGACCCUUCUGGAGGAGGUGCUACGAGACGCAGACCUGCUGCCUCAAGAGAGGAAAGCCACCGGAAACAUUCUAAGUGCCCUUUCUCAAGAUGAACAAGAUGAUGCUCAACUCAAGAUAGAAGACAUCCUACAGACGGCGGAGUGUCCCAAAGCAGAGUGUUUUGAGUCUCUGUCUGCGAUGGAGCUGGCUGAACAGAUCACCCUGCUCGACCACAUUGUGUUCAGGAGCAUCCCUUACGAAGAGUUUCUGGGCCAGGGCUGGAUGAAGCUGGACAAGUCAGAGAGAACUCCAUACAUCAUGAAGACCAGUCAGCACUUUAACGAUAUGAGUAACCUGGUAGCGUCUCAGAUCAUUGCCCAUACAGACGUGGGCUCCAGGGCUAACUCCAUAGAGAAGUGGUUGGCGGUUGCUGAUAUCUGUCGCUGCCUUAACAACUAUAACGGAGUUCUAGAGAUCACGUCAGCUCUCAACCGCAGCGCCAUCUACAGGCUGAAGAAGACAUGGGCCAAAGUCUGCAAACAGACCAAGUCGUUGAUGGACAGGCUGCAGAAGACAGUGUCAUCAGAGGGCCGUUUCAAGAACCUGAGAGAAACCCUGAAAAACUGCAACCCUCCCUGUGUGCCCUAUCUGGGGAUGUACCUGACUGACCUGGCCUUCAUCGAAGAGGGAACGCCCAACUUCACCGAGGAGGGUCUCGUCAACUUCUCCAAGAUGAGGAUGAUUUCUCACAUCAUCAGAGAGAUCCGUCAGUUCCAGGGUGCGCCCUACAGGAUAGAGCACCAAGCCAAGGUGACUCAGUUCCUGCUGGAUAAGACUCUGGUGAUGGAUGAGGACACGUUGUAUGAGCUGUCCCUGAAGAUUGAACCCCGCAUCCCUCCUGGCUAAACACACAGGAACAGUCGGUCUCAGUCCAGCUGCAUCAGACACUUAGUAGUUAGUUUUCUUAUUGUUGUCUGCUUGGUAACUAUGGAACCAGUGGACAGGAGAGCCCUGAGAAUCACCCUAUUAAGGGUUCCUCUUACUUUAUCACCAUUGCCAAUGAUUAUGCUUAAGAACUCUGGUGAAGAUGUGCCUUGCUUGUAAAUAUGUACAUAUCAAGAUGUAGUAAUAAGCUGUAAAGUGUUUUUAUAACAUGUUAUAAUGAUUUCCUGAUGAUCUUGCAUGAAUUUCCAUGUAUCCAAUUACAUUUGCUCUGAAAAAGGCAGGUUUGGCUGUAACUGAUUAGGAGAGACGUCUCGCUUGCCGGACUAAUGGCAGCUGUGGGCAGACGAGUGAGGAGGAACAGUGGCGGUCACUAUAUUGCCCUCUACUGGUUAACAGCCUCAUCAAAUAGUGAUUAACAUUCCCCAAAGUUUUUUUUUGCUCUUCCUUGAAGACAUCUUCAUGGGUCCACCCGAACCCAAAUACCCGAGACCCGACCGGGUUCAAAAUUCAAUAUUUUCCCUCGGGUCCGGGUCGUGUCCUGUCUGAUUGUCAUCAUGUCUGAUUGUCAUCAAAACCUAUUUGUUAACCAGAAGACGAACUUGGAAGAUAAACAUACAAAAAAUGAUCACUCGGGUCCAAUCGAGUCGAUCUGUGUCUGUUGAACAAUUGCCUGAUUGGUUCCGGCCUUGUUCCUGUUGACACACACUGAUGAUGUAAGCAUGGACUUUACAUCCUGUCAUUUAGCAUGUUUAUUUAUUUACUUAUGUAUUAAGCAUUUUAAACAUUGUUUUACUUCUGUCUAUUAUUGUAUUCACACUGGACACUGACACCAAUUCAACAUCUAUUCCACAUUGGUUCAAGGUGAAAUGAGGUGGAAACAACAUUGAUUAAACCAGUGUGUGCCCGUGGGUUCUCUGUAUGAAGGUUUUCAACUGUUAUUUGUUACAAGAAACAUUUGAAGAACAUGUAAACGCAUAUGAGGAGCCACUUUUCUCAACCGUGUAAUUUUGCACAAUCUAAUAUACUGUAGCUAAUUCUCCCCAGAGCCAGACAGUGUAUAAGAGAAUAUACAUGUAAAGCUUUACCUUUGCCAGUCCUGACCCAAAUUGCAGUUUCAGAAAUGUUGUUCAAUCAAGUGUAACAUGUCUGUUUUGCGAAUGACGACAUUCAAGUAAAGGGACUUGACCCAAACGGUCGUUAAAGUUUACUUACAACUUUUGUCUGAAUAUUUCUCAAUUGUUGUAGCUUAUCUCUGGAUGUGUUUAUUUAUUAGUAUUUGUUUGAUUUUUAUCUGAUCACUUGUUAAACAGUAUUUUUUGGAAAUCUUGCGCUAUUGAUUUGUAAAGUAUGCCAAUAGAUUUGUAACUUCUUGGAGAUUUUGGAUCGUUUAAGCGGUUUAGCAUGUUUCUCUUUCCUUACAGUGUCAUUCUUCAGAUAACUGCUUUUUCCAGACUGCUUCCGUUUUCUACAGUCCUGAAUGGCAGGAAUCUUUCUCACAUCCUGAUAGUAUCUACGGUCCUGAAUGGCAGGAAUCUUUCUCACAUCCUGAUAGUAUCUACGGUCCUGAAUGGCAGGAAUCUUUCUCACAUCCUGAUAGUAUCUACGGUCCUGAAUGGCAGGAAUCUUUCUCACAUCCUGAUAGUAUCUACGGUCCUGAAUGGCAGGAAUCUUUCUCACAUC